ACAUCCGCCCAGCGGCAGCCUGAAUCUCGCGAUAAAGGCUCAUUGUCUCGCGGGAACGCGGCUGGCAGAGGGGCUCUUGGGCGGCCCUGGCCGGGGAAAAGGAGUUGCAUGUGUCGCUUCAGCUGGCGAUAGCGGCGGGAACGGAGGCGGCGAGACUUGUGCGACCGCCUGGGUUUGUGAAAUGGCUGCUGACAUUUCUGAAUCCAGUGGAGCUGAUUCCAAAGGAGACCCAAGGAACAGUGCCAAGUUAGAUGCCGAUUACCCACUUCGAGUCCUUUAUUGUGGAGUCUGUUCAUUGCCAACAGAGUACUGUGAAUAUAUGCCUGAUGUUGCUAAAUGUAGACAGUGGUUAGAGAAGAAUUUUCCAAAAGAGUUUGCAAAACUUACUGUAGAAAAUUCACCCAAACAAGAAACUGGAAUUAGUGAGGGUCAAGGAACAGCAGGGGAAGAAGAGGAGAAGAAAAAACAAAAGAGAGGUGGAAGAGGUCAAAUAAAACAAAAAAAGAAAACUGUACCACAAAAGGUUACCAUAGCCAAAAUUCCCAGAGCAAAGAAGAAAUAUGUAACAAGAGUAUGUGGCCUUGCAACUUUUGAAAUUGAUCUUAAAGAAGCACAAAGAUUUUUUGCUCAAAAAUUCUCCUGUGGUGCCUCAGUAACAGGGGAGGAUGAAAUUAUCAUUCAGGGAGAUUUUACAGAUGACAUAAUUGAUGUCAUUCAGGAAAAAUGGCCAGAGGUAGAUGAUGAUAGCAUCGAAGAUCUCGGAGAAGUAAAGAAGUGAUUUUGAAAAUUUGUUUGUAUUUAAUGACCUGAACUGAAAGUUGAUAUGGCCAAAGGGGGAGAGGCCUUUUAAAUAUAUAUAUAUAUAUAUAUUUAUCCUACAGUAAAACUGUAGACCACCCUCAUCCUUGGCGUUUUCACUGUUCUGUAUAAGGCUGCUUGUUUUUUUAUUGCCAAAGUCUAAUAAACAGGGGACACUGUCAUGCUUAUGCAUGAGAUAGAAUUU